GCUGUAGCCUACAUUAUCAGAUAUCGUAAUUUUAUAAGAGAUCUCAUUACGCUGCAUGGUGUAGCACCACAAUGGAGGCGGUUUUACGAGACCGAAUGUCGCUAUGAUAUUUCUGAUAGACUUAUUAGAAUGAGAAUGCGCGAGAUGCUACAAACUAUGAAUGAUGCGACCUUUUUUUCUGGUAAAUAAGUUAAACCUGGUAAGUUUUUAAUAGAAAGGAACAUUGGUGCGACUUCAGUGAACUUUUAAACAUCGAUGAAUAAAUAGGAUAAAGGGGGAAAUAAGCCAGAAGUUCCUCUACCAGGGUUUGAACAGGCAUACAACAUUUCUCACUAAAUUCCAUUCGUGAGAUUAAAAAGUGCUCGGGAAUUCAGAACAAAAACUUUUUCCCCCAGGAAAUUUCUUAUACCAGUACAAAGAUCGAAUUCAUAAAAAAGUGGCGAUUCUCCUUAAUUCUAAAGAGUAAUCUCACAAGAUCUACCUAGUGAUAUACGGACAAACCACGGCACUGCGCUACACUGAUGACAAGUCCCAGGCAUUAGACCAUUAGACGCAAAAGUGAAUUAUUUCCUCUGAUAUGUAGACAGAUAUUGAAUAAGACUUCCGUUGCUAAACUGUUAAUCAGACGGAUUCAUUAAAAUGACUAGAAUGGAGUGUAUUUAUCGGAACGGCAAGUUAUGGUCUGUGAUUUCUCUGACUUACCAAACAAACGAGAAAAACGGAAAAUUCUUAAAGGAUUUCAAUGCCAAUUACAAAACAGCCUCAGCGUUUUGACAAUUGAAAAUUCCAAGAGGAAUCUUUUGCACACUGCAUAAAUACUUUGAAGAAUAGAGGACAUAUCGCAUGAUUUAUCUGAAUGCAUUGGUCAUUGUGAUAAUUUACAGAGUUUGAGUUAAUGCUGGGGAGAUUGGCGACUUUGUAGAGAGAUGGAUAUGUUAUCCUUAUUGCUGGACAUUGCUAUCUGUAUCGAUGUCGCUCUAUCGGUUUGGGAUGUAACGCAGCCACAAUUAACAGAAGGUCCUUGCUGCAAUGGUACUCUUGCCUACGCUGCACCACCCACAAUUCCUUGCUCUUCCUUUCAAUGUUGUAAAUCGUUAGAAGACGUAGCUGUGUAUCCUGUCAAUCACGCGUUUGGAUAUGUAUUUAGAUGUAUGCCAAAGACUGAAAUUUCAAAAAGGUGCUUUGAGGAGAAUGAGAAGGUGCAACCCGGAACAGACAAUGGUGAGGUUGAGUACAAACCAAAGAGGUGUUGCAAUGGACUUAAAUUUCAGUUGAAAUUUAACAACAAUAACACAGCCUUACUUAUAACAUGUAUCAAACGUUACCAAGGAAUUAACUAGGAUGUCUGCGAAACACAGCCUCCACCUUCCGGGUCUGAUCUCCCUCGUUUUCAACGUUGCUGCUUCCCACAUCCUUGUUAAAUACAGCAAAUGGUUAUGAUAACUUAGUUUUUGUGAGAAUGUGUGAGGCAUUUCUUUUAUCAAUAUGUUCUUUUGAUUGUCUAUAUACAUGUAUGACUUGAUUGUAUGGUGUGGUGAAUUACUUAUAUGUACAUGUAUGUACUGAAAUCAAGAAAAUUCUGUGUUAGUAAUGCGGGAGAGAGAGAGAGAGAGAUAAGAGAGAGCAUGUGUGACCUCAUUAUCUCAAUACUUACUUGAAUUAUUCUUAUUCUUUGACUUUUUUUUUCUUUGCAGUUCUACAAAGGAAUUUACAACUAAGACUAUAACCGUUGCAUAGUUAUAAAACUCGUUAAGUCAGAUAACUAAAUGUAAGAUUACUUAUAUACAAAAAUUACACGAGUAAAUUCUUCUUAUUCACAAUUUAACCAACGUUAAGAAUAAAAUAACAGAUAUUGGUCUUAGUCGUAGGUUCGUUUGUAACUCGUGGCCGUGAAGGUGUUGAUGGUAGAUCUACAUGCAUUAAAUCUCUAGGUGGAUAGACAGAUGAUGAAAUUCGUCAGUCAGUUUUCUUUCAGCUGUGUUGUAAUGUCUCUCAUUUUUGUAAUAUAUAUUUUCUCGUUUCUUGAAUUGAUAGAUUAUCAUGAAAACAAUAGAAGAGAAUGGACCUAUAUUACUUAUUGUCUAUGGUGAUGUGUUUAGCUUGACCUUUUUGCACCUAAAAUUUACUUGUGAUUUAUUCACAUAAAACAAUGUUUGUCUGUUACAAACAUUGUAAAUCAACCAUUACAAAAACUCGCCAUACCUUCAACAAUAUAUAUAUGAAGC